AUGAGAUUUCUUAUUUUGAGAACUUUACUAUUACUGUUACUGUUACAUGUAGUAUAUUAAAGCUUUAAAAAAUUCAAUAACACAUAAAGGCAAUUAUAACAAAUGUAGUAGAGAAUGACGCUAAGAAACAUAGUAUUUGUGGUUGUUGUUCAUAUUCAUACAACUCAAGGAUAAUAUAGAAAAAUAUUGAGUGCGAAACUAAGCCAUAUUGAAAUUAUUACAAUUUCAAUGGGAGGUUUGUAUAGUCAUGCUAAGAGGCGUAGAGGUUAUGGAAUUUUAGGGAAACAGAAUGCAAGCGAUGAGGAUAUUGUAAUUCAUUUGAUGGGUUCUGACGUUAUUGUCAGUGAUGGAGAAAAGUAUGAAAAUGCUGUGAAAUACCUACUCAUGAUAACAUCAGAGUGUUAUGCUCCUCAGUUUGAUUUACUUAUGAGCUCAGAUUACAAAGACCAUAGAGUAAGAUGCUAUUGGCUCUUUAAUGUCGGUUACAGAAAAGAAUAAGAUAAAAAAUUACCGCAUUUACUGAAAUCACCUCCUAGUGGAAACCCUUACCUUGGAGGUGGAAAUAUAAUCGCAAGAGUUUGGGCAUUUAAUAAAUUUGAAUAUGCUUUUGGAGAGUUACUAAAGGGAAGUGAGGAGUGGUGGUCAGAGCAGAGUAUUUACAAACCGUUGUUAAUAUGGAGUGCCACUCAGGAAGAAGCUGUUGGACAGUGAUUUGUUUUGUAGAGAGGAAUGAUUGCAUUGGAUUAUGAGAAGAGGCUUUUCAUUCCAAAUAAUGGUGAAGUUGGAUAGGUGGUAUCUGUUCACUUUCCGGCACAGCCUAUUGCGUGGGAGGAAAAAGCGAAAUUGAUUGUGAAGAAUCAUAUUUUGGAUAGAGAAUUGGAAAAGAAGCAGCUUAGUGCGAAGGAUUUUGGUGAAAUUCAAAGCUAUGCGGUGGAUGGGGGUUGGUGAGAUUUUGAAGAUCAGAAAAUAUGUGGUGAUACGUUAAAAGAAAGGGAAUUAUUUGUAGCGAAGAAGUUGCGAUGCCAAUCAGCAGUCGCAAAAUGGUUUUGA